AUGUUUAAGUUGUUCAAUGGCAGCUUUGAAAAUAUUCUGAGAAGAUCCAAGCAAUGUGUUACGGCCUUACAGCAACGGUUAGAAUAUUUCUUUACUCGGUAUUUACUCACCCUGAAGUUGUGUCAGAGUGACAUCCUAGAUGUUUUUGAUGGAAUCCAAUUCUUACCAUUGAAUAAAAAUACUUAUUUGAGAAUCAAAUGCUUCAUCAAUCAGUUAGAAGCCCAGUUCCCAGAAGUCAAGUAUACAGCAUUCCUCUACAAUGACCAACUGGUCUGGAGUGGCCUUGAACAAGAAGAUAUGAGGAUCAUGUACCGUUAUCUCAUUACUGGCCUUUUCCCCAGUUACUUGGAACAAAACCUUCAGACAGAAAACAUGUCCCCUGUACGACUGUCUGGAGCUACGACAGGAGCACAAAUACAUUACGGAAAAUUUAUCACGGGUCCUCCUGAUAUAAAGGAUGAAAGUAACAUGGGUAAAGUACCCCAUGUCUAUUUGAAUACAGAAGAAGAUAAUGAAGAAUGCUACCUUCUUGUUUAUCGAGCCCUCAGUGCCAGUGUGUGUAUGUUUAUUAAUGUGAACACUUCUCUUACAUUUCCACUUUGCCAAAAACUGGAUGAAUUUCUUGGGCCAACCUUAACUUCCCUGGCCUCGGAUAUUGCUGACCAGUAUUCCAAAAAGCCUUCAGGUUUUACAGAGCCUCAAUACAAAUAUGUGUAUUUCAACCAUAUGAACCUGGCACAAAAGACGACUGUACAUGUUGACAGUAAAAAGGCAUCGACUGUAACCAUUCCUCCUGAUACACUCAAGUUGCUCAGCGACAUCAGUUCAGACUUCUCCAAGUGUGAAGAAGAUGCUGAGACAAUUGUGAAAACGCUGAAUGAUUCCUGGGUAGUGGGAAAGAAAUCUGAUCACCGAGAGUUCUAUGUUGUCAUUAACCAGAAAAAUGCCAACUUGAUUGAGAUCAAUGAGGAAGUAAAGAAGCUAUGCAGUACACAUUUCACCAGUGUCUUCUUUUUGGACUGA